GCAGCAUUGCACCCGCGCACUCACCGCUGAACCGCCUGCAGGCGAUGGAGAAGAAGCGCGUGGAAUAUUUUCAAUUCUUUUCAUGUCAGUCAGGCGCUCAGUGAACUUGACAACCAUUAAAAUCACGGCGAAGGACCCACCAAAAAUCUCGCACAGUUAUUCGACCUGUCGUGCCACAUAAAUAACGGAUACAUCUCGUCGGAUCAUGCAUCCCGUAGAAGUGUCAAUCCCGUCUUUUCGGUCGGAGGGCAGUAACGCGGAGAAGGGUUACACGGUUUUUAAGAUCGAGGUGCUCAUGUGUGGUAGACAGCACACUGUCGAGAAACGAUACAGUGAAUUUUACGCUCUGCAUAAAAUGCUUAAAAAGAUCAUCAAACCUCCAGAAAUCCCUUCGAAGCAUGUGAGGAACUGGGUGCCCAAGGUUCUUGAUCAGAGGAGACAUGGACUCGAGCUCUACCUCCAGACUAUACUCAUGGAAAAUGAGGUUCUUCCAAAGAUAUUCUUGGAUUUCCUCAAUAUCCGCCAUUUCCCGUCACUGCCAAAAACGGAGAGUUGCGGAUCAUUUGAAACUGAAUCAGAGGAAUCAAGUAAACUGACACAUCAACCAGCUCUUCUCUUCCUGAGGGAUCCCUAUCUGCUGCCUAGCACCAACGAUACAUUCUCAAAUAUGGUUAUUGAAGGUGUGAUUCGUGGAAUAUUUUACCCAGACUUCCAGCCGAGGUAGAUCUCAGCACUACGGACGACGUCACAUUCAGUUCACAGAUAAAAAGGGAUUCGUAUUACUAACACUAAAUCACGCAGCACCAGUUUAACAGACUCCAUCUUAUCAGCCUUAAGAGCGUAGUUCGGCAUCAGCACUCGUUUGUUUCUGUGUCCCGUGUUUGCAGGAAUUGAGAUUUUAUUUUGACACAAAGUAAACAUUCAUACCAAGGUUUCGUUUAAGUACCUUUGCAUAUAUUUGCACAUCUGUGCUCGUGUCAUAUGUGAGAUCAGAUGAUGUUUGAUCCAAUGACUGUGCGUUACUCCAAGUGAGGUGACUUGUGAAAUACCGUAUUUUCCGGACUAUAAGUCGCACUUUUUUCAUAGUUUGGCUGGUCCUGCGACUUAGUCGGGUGCGACAUAUUUAUCAAAAUUAAUUUGACAUGAACCAAGAGAAAACAUUACCGUCUCCAGCCACGAGAGGGCGCUCUAUGCUGCUCAGUGCUCCUGUAGUCCACACUGAAAACACAGAGCGCCCUCUCAUGGCUGUAGAUGGUAAUGUAUUCUCUUGGUAAAUGUGACUUAUAUGUAUUUUUCCUCAUCAUGACGUAUUUUUGGACUGAUGCAACUUGUACUCAGGUGCGACUUAUAGUCCGAAAAAUACGGUAAGUCUUGAACUGAUCCUUUUUAUUAUGUUAUGAAUUAUUUUAUGAACGAUAUUUUCAUUGUUUUUGAUGUGGCAAUUAUUGAUUACCAGUUUAAAUAGCGAAAAGGGAAGUACUGAAUGAAUCAAACCAGUGUAAAGCCAGUCUGUCUUGCAUCAUGUUACUGUCCAAAACUGUGAGAAAAGCCGUUUGAUAAAAGUAAAACACUUGGCGUUCCCCGCUGCUAACCUGCAGCUAAGUAAACCAUUUUCAGUGGAUUAUCUUCUUUGAAAAUGCAGUUUAAUCUGGACUAAUAUUAGUCUAAUAUUUCUAGUGAUUAACUUCACAGAGUAGUAAGAGUUCAUGAACACUAUUGUAACAGUUUCUCACUACUGUUGGAAGUAGUAGAGAAGAUAAUGCAGUUUGAGAAGUUUAACCUGUUUAGAUGAUAUAAAGCUGAUAGUGAAACUGAAACAGGAUUUGUUAUGUACCAGUUCUAGAUUUGUUGUUUUUUUCAUUUAGAGGUCUUAAUUCUGUAUAUGGACAGUGUGUCAUUCCAUCAUGUGUGUGUUAUUGUUAACACUUUGGAUUCUCAUGCACUUUAACAAGGGUGAAAAGGUCAGUUGUAAAUGUAUAUCAUUUUAAACCUGAAAGCAAUAAAACAUCUAAUUCAUUCAUUA